GUAAUACUUGAUCCAUAUUGCACUGCGAUUCUUCGUUUUGCAUGCUUACAUAACACUCGUAAAAAGUGGUUCGUUUGGAAACAAAGCAUGUCGUAAUUAUGAGAUCGAUUCUGACACCAUCUUUAAGAGUUUCUUGUCCGCUUCGCUACUCGCAAACCCAGGGCGUGGGAGUAGGUUUGUGAGUAACAGAGCGGAUCAGAAACCUUUGACUUGGGAAGAUGUUCUAGCUCUUAAAUUGUUUGUUUGUUUGGCUAUUUUUAAAUACGCUCACCAAGUUCUAAACUAUACAAAUCCAAUAUAAUGUUACUGCAUUUCACUCUUCAUUAUGAACAGAUAAUUUUGUUUUUCAAUAAUAAAACAGAUUUUUGCAUGCAUGUAUUAUUAUAGCAAUAUUUCUCCGGUAUGUCAGGUACACUCUUUUAUCAUAUCUUGAUUUUCAAUGAUUAAAAAAAAAUUGUUAUCAAGAUCUUCAUUUGAUGUGAAAUCUUAGGGAACAUCUCCCAAUUCAGAUGCUAGAGAUAAUUAUCAUAGGGAUGAUCCUCAAAUUAAGUGCAGGGUUUAGACGUUAAUACCUUUUGUUGUUGGCUCUCAGGUUUAAUCGUGUUCUAUAAACUGUGUAAAGACUACUUCCAUAGAAAUUAACCUGACAACUAGCGCCAAUUAAGCUCAGGGUAGACCAUUCAGAGGAAAAAGUAUAAUUUAUAUUUUUUUCUGUAAAGCCGAUAGAGAUUUUAACAACUCCGAUAGAGAAGUACAAUUAUUGCACAAAAACCGGAUCCUAUUACAAUUUCUUUUGACUUUCCAGACCCCUGAUUCUUUAACAAGAUAAUCCUUGUUUUGUUAGCCAGAGUAACGAAAUCCCAUGCCGUUUAAGUCUUUUCCAACCCUUGAUUUUUAACGGUCAGCCACAGGGGCAUCUUAUGCGUUCUUCUAGCUGUGUAUUAUUUGUAUACAUACAUAGAAAGCAGAGCGGAUAAGGUGUCCACGUGGGUCAACUCUGUCUUACUAGAACCAUAAUUCCCCCAAUAAUAGUCUUAACAAUUAUACGCUUUUAAUGAGUGCUAGGAUUAAAGCCCGCGUGGAUCAUUGUUUGUUUUUGAUUUUGGUCGCUAUAUUCAAGACAGAACUGGAAAGGAGAGCACGAUAUUGAAGAACACAAGGAUGGCGGUAAUGAGGGAUUAUCUAAUCACGCCGAUUAUGAUCUGUAACUCUCGGAGGAAAGUCUCGCGCUUCCUCUUUGGGACAUGUCAAGGAAGGGUAUUUUUGGCCAUUUUAGCCAUCGUCGGAUUAACGUACAUAAAUAUGCUGAUAUACAUGCCCGUCUUCCAAGUUUUUCGAAACAGAAAUGUUCACGCUCCGUGUCUUAUUCCGGUGUUUGACAUUUAUGACAAAUCAAUUAGCGACCAGUUCUGGUCUCAGCAACCAUUGCCAUGUGAGGGUUGGUUGAAUAUAUUUUAUGUGACGUCAUCCGGGAAACUGACGUUAAACAAUUCUGCCGUUGGGCUCUCGGGAUUACACGAUAUUCAGUGCCAUUAUAGAUAUAUUCAUAGAAAGUCGGAGACAGAGUUUGUGUUUUCUGAAAAACAUUUAUACACGAAACCUACAUACCUCGAUGGAGAUUUCGUUCAUGUCGAAUGUUUCAACAAUCAAAAGAACCGCGUCUACAAUAAUCUGCAUUUCAAUAUAGAUGCAAAACCCAUUUUAAAAUCAAAGAAAUUAGUCAACGAAUCCCUGGACAGGCUAAGUGUGAUCGCAUUUGGUUUAGACUCUGUUUCCCGACUCAUUGCCGAAAGGAAACUACCCAAAACCAUGAAAUAUCUUCGUCAGAAUUUAGGUGCCUACGUUUUCACCGGACACACACGUUUGGGUGAUAGCUCCUUUCCCAAUCUGAACCCUCUUCUGACCGGGUUGAUUUCAGACAAUACUUCACCAGUGCCACCUGUUCACAAAUUGCCUUUCAUUUUCAAGAAUUUUUCUGAACAUGGUGCAGUCAACGUUUUUGUUGAAGAUUGGUACAAAGUGGCCACAUUUAAGGGAUUUACUGAUCAACCCUCUAUGCAUUACUCGCAGCCAUUAGUUCAAGCGAUGGAUCAGGUUCGACCGUCUUACUUAGCUUUGGACAAAAGUUUCCAAUUUCUACAGAGUCAUAAUAUACCACUUCGGAAAGUUUCUGCGCUGUGUUUUGGAAAUGAAAAGAGGUAUAAAAUCCUUAUGAAUUAUUACAAGAAAUUUAUUGAGACCUAUGGAAACACGAGAAAAUUCGCAUUUUCAUGGAUUAACGAGUUAGCCCAUGAUUUUUUCAACAUGGUGGAACUGGCUGACGGUGACAUUCGUGACCUGUUUAAGUGGCUUAAAGAAUCCGGAAAGUUAGACAAUGCAGUGCUUUUGUUUUUUAGUGACCAUGGUCCAAGAUACAGUGAAAUUCAAAAUACGGAUAUCGGCAGGGUUUCUAACCUUUUACCUUUGAUGUCAAUUGCAUUACCGAAACGUUUGACUGAAAAAUACCCACAUAUUGCCAAGAAUAUGAAAAUUAACACAGAGCGACUAACAACCAACCAUGAUGUGUUUUUGAUGUUAAAAGACAUUCUCUAUGCAAACUACGAGAAACAACCUGUAGUUACACCUAACGAAGACGGUAUGAUUCCGCAUGAGAUUAGUUUGUUCAGAGAGAUUCCUUCUUCUCGAAGUUGUGCGGAGGCGCGGAUAUCAGACGUCUUCUGUCCAUGUUAUUCCUCCGUCAGAGUUCCGACCUCCGACGAAAGAAUUCAGACUGCGGCGCGUUUUGUUGUCAAUAAAAUUAACGACAUUCUGAAGGAAGUGCGAUCGAAGUGUGCCAAAGUGGAAUACAAAUCCAUUCGGCACGCCUCGCUCAUAUUCCCCGAUAUGCAGAGGGAUUUAUCCCAAGAGCGUGCUUUUUCAUUACGGGGAUACUUUUGGAAAGUGGAAAGCGCGACCCGCUUUCUCAUCAGUUUACACACAGAACCCGGCAACGCGUUAUUUGAAGCAAGGAUUGAUUACAGAGCCGCUAACGACAUUAAAAUAUUAGGGACCAUAUUGCGAACAAACGCUUACGGCAACCAGUCUUCUUGUAUUGACCACGGCGAUAGGAUACGGCGGUUAUAUUGCUAUUGUGUCUAAUCAUCAUCCAUACUCAACGGCCUGGCCAUAAGUAAACACGUCAAGAGGGAAUCGGGCCGGGAAACUGCACGGAUCAGUUUCUGUUUCACUGGUUUAAUAGUUAUUCAGUCGUGGAAAUUAUGCAGAGAAAGAUCGAUGCGAUUCAGUGAUGAAUUCCCUGGCCUGGAGAGAUGAAUAAUCCUAUUACAUAGAUCAUAACAAAAAAUACAGUAAUGGAUGAGCUGAAGUAGAUAUGGAAUAAUCAAACCAGUGUAUUCGGUCUAUCCCAAGAUCCCAGAAAAUGAACUGUCUGUGAUAUAUCCACACGUGGCGUGCACACACACACACACUUUUGAGUAUUACACCUUUAAGGUUUUGAAUACAAUGUCAUAUGAGAGCAUGUAAUGGGAAAAAAGAAUGAACAAAUGAUCGAAUUUUACAUUAUAUCUAAAAUUUUGUUUAGUUGAAUACAGUUUCUAUAUGAAUUGCAUUGAUGUCAAUUUUAUAUGAAACAAAAAUCCAUUGUAAGUUUAUACAUUUUCCCACAUUUUGUUUAUCACUAGUCAACAUUAUUGUGGUCUCAGUGGAAUACGUACCUAAUGAUCUGUAUUGAUGAAGUUUUAGAGAUCUGUUUAUUGAACUAUAGUGUAAUGCAAUGCAUAUUGUCCUGCUUUAUUUACAUUGAAUAAGUUCAUUCACUCGUUAUGCUGUUGCAUGCAAAAUUAUGUUUUCCUCUUCACAUGUUUGAUGCUACUUUUCACAGUUGUCGCUUUCAUGCACGUUCGUGAAUUUAUUUUUGGGGUUUCAUGGUUCAUGGUUCAUAUUAUAUACGUUUUCAUGCUUUUUGUUUGUAAAAUACGUAUAAUUAUGUAUUUAUUUACAUCUUUUACAAGUUUGUAGUUUUGUAUUUUUUUCCUUUCAAUGCAACCAGAGACCGGUAUACUUGAUAUUCUUUGCCUAUCGUGUACAGGGUAAUCGUAUGAUCCCCACAAGCAAUGCAAUUUUUUUCUGUGUCCUAAGAACCGUAUACAUGUAUAUUCUAAAGUGUCGACGCUUGAGAGUCGUUUACCCCCUCUCUAUGCAAUAUUUAAAAAACUGCUUAUUUGAGUGUGUUUGGAUCUACAAAAGUUUGAACAUUCUUCAACACGCUGUGUUUAUUUACCCUUAAUCCAUCAAUAGGGUCCAAAUGACCUGUAUCGCCAGACUUACCUUAAUCUAUUCAAGCUGUCCAAACACAUUCUCCCACAACUUUUGAUAGUCUAUGAAAUGAUCACAUGACCUUCAUUGUCGACAAUCAUCAUAUGAGUUUAAUUGGGUCAGAAACCGUCCUAAUAUAUAUCCUUUCACUUUUAAUGGGAUUCACAUGUAGUUUGAUUUUUAUGCACACCAGUUACCAUGACAACAACCCGCUCCUUGCCAAUCUCGAAAAUAUAUA